AUGGAAGCCAAUGAUGAUCCUGCUAUAACUUUGUUUUACUUUCUUCAUAAAAAAAUUACUAUGUCUGGUGUGAAAGCUGCAAGGCCAAUUCUGUCUAGAAAUCAUGCAGAAGCUCGAAGGCGGGUCAUUAGUUUAUAUCGUGCCUGGUACAGACAACUUCCUUUUAUACCAAAAGAAUAUGGUCAUAGUAGCGUAGAUCUUACAGUGCCGGUUUUGUAUGCAAGAUUAAGAGAAGAGUUCCGCAAAAAUAAGGAUAUUAAAGAUUUACGUAUAAUUGACUUGUUAAUUCACAGAUGGCAAAAUGAACUACUUGAAGUGGCACGUAUGUGGAAGUCUGAUACGCAUGUGAUGGAUUUCUUCAGAGAAGAUUACCUCCCAGAAAAGCCGAAAGAUUUCUUGGAUAAAUUUCUAUCUGGAAAGCAGUAA